AUGAGUGAAUCCAAUUAUGUAAGUCACAAAUUCAUAAAAAAUUAUGAUGAGUUAACUGCCCAAAAUCCCCAUGCAAGUGAUCCAAGAUUUUUACAAGUAAAUCAAUAUAAUCACUGUGCUUACAGAUACACUUUGUUUUGUCGAUGUGCAAGGGAAUUAGGUGAAGAUCACCCACGAUGCAAGUUUCAAUAUUAUCGUUCACAAAUUGCCUGUACUGCAGAACAACUUGAAGACUGGGAUGACAAUAGGCAAAAAGGAACGUGCGCAAUGGAUACAUUACCUGACCGAUUAACUGCUCACUUAAGACAAUAA